UCCCACACAACUCCGGGCAGGAUGACGUCACACGCAGCGCGGUCACGUGCCUGCGCCGUGACGUCACCGCGCGGGAGAGCGAGGCGCUCCGCCCGCGCGGGAAUUUUUCAACAGAAGUCGGCGGCGGCGGCGGCUGCGGCGACGGCGGCGGCGAAGCGGAGCGCUGGCGCCCCGAGGCCGCACCGUCCUCUCUAAUCAUCGCGACACCCAACGCAGGACCUCGACCCGAAGCGGAGGGAGUGACCAACAGCCGUCACCAUGGACACAGAGGUGGACGGGCUGCUCCCGGAUGAGAUUAUGGAGGUACGACUGGCGGGUGAUGACGAGGAAGACGAGGAAGAGCCCAUGGCUGUCCCGCAGCACGAGGAGAUGAUGCUAACGAUGGAGCCUGAGGACCACGUGGCCAUCAUCUCGGUGGAACUCACCGGCCCUGCGGAGGAGGCAGCGACGGCUCCGGUCGAGGUGAUGACGCGGCAGAUCGCGGCGCUGUCGGGGAAACCGGCGACUGUCGAGGCUCCCUCUCGAGCCUCACUCGCCACCGUUGUUGCUGCAGCUGCUGAACCCACGCCGACCGUUGCGACGCAGACACUUGGCCAGCCGCGUUCCUUGGACACUGCACAAGCGACCGCACGAGUGGCGAUCUCUCGCACUGUUGCCACUCUUGUAAGCACGGCCACCACGAGCGCUGCCGUGACCACCAGGCCCGUCUCGACGGUGUCGUUUGCCACGAGACCCGUAACCAGGACAACAGAGCCCGUCAUCACCAUGACGACUCCCAGCGGUCAGCCCAUCACGGCGGUGGCGCUGUCGGCCAAUCACAAGGGUAUGUCAGAAGGAGGCAGUCAGGUGAGUGGGAUGGCUCUGGGUGGAGGGCAGCAGGUGCUGCUGGCGAUGCUGCCUGGCAGCGACCAGCCUAUCCUGCUGACGGUGCAGCCGCGGUCGGAGGCUGUGCAGCAGACGUCGGUGCCGCAGGGCGGAGGCACGUCCACCCCAAGCUCGGCCGCCUCCAAGUCAGAGCCAGCGCCCAUGAUGCUGACGCUGCAGCAAGGCCAUGGCCAGACAGUGCAGAGCUCGCCGGGGCAGGGGAAGCUGGAGCAGGCGGUGCUGUUCAGCACGCAAGGCGGGCGCACGGUAGCGCAAGUGCAGAGUCGGACACAGGUGCGCGGCUUGACCACCGGCGGGGGGAAAGGUUCCGAACAGCCCAUCUUCCUCACGGUGCAGGGUGCACAGGGCAAGGGCAGCGGCGGUGGAGAAGGUCAGCAGAUGCUGCUGGCCAUGCCCCCCGGCAUGACCUCAGCACAGGGCAAAGCUGGGGAGGGACAGUCGGUGGUGCUGGCGGUGCAUUCUGUGGGCAAGACGGGCACGACGCAGACACCGGCCUCCAGCAGCAGCCUGCCAGGGCAGCUCGGCUCGAUGCAGGUGACCAAGAUGGCUGGGCCGUCUCACUCGGGGGGCAGUGGGCCUAUCAUCACCAAGUUCAUCAUCAAGCCCAUGCCCAGCACGGGCCGGGGGACGCUGAUCAGCGGUUCAGGCAGUGCCCCCGGAACGCCCACCAAGACCUUCACCCUGUCCCACGUGACGACCGAGGGCUCUCCUGGGAGACCCCAGCUUGGAGGCAAGAUCGCCAUCUCCCCACUGAAGUCUCCUUCUAAGAUGACGGUGAUGCCCAUGUCGCCAGCGCCGGUGAACUCGCCCCAGAAACGCGUCGUCACCGCCAUGCCGCUCCCACUGGCAGUCGCUCAGCAGAUCCUGCAGCAGCAGCAGGCCGGCUCCCCCGGCAAGCUGUUGACCCAGGUGAAGACAAGUACACAGCCGGGCGGCGUGAAGCCUCUCUCGAUGCCCAUGUCCACCAUGCAGCCCAUAUCGGUGCCAGGCAGCAAAUUCCACUACGUGCGUCUCGUGACGCCAGUCAGCACACACACCACGCAGGGCCUGCCAGCGAAGCCGGUAAGCAGCACACUUCAGUUGCGGCCUCCCAUUCCCAUUGCUCCGGCUCAGAGACAGGUGGUAGCCAGGCUUGGAGCGCCGAGCCCUCACCUGGUGAGCGGCGGGGGGUCUGUGGUGAGCCCCGUGGUGGGCUCCAUGGUGAACCGUGGACAGACCCCACACCGACUCAUCAUGCCCGCGUCGUCGCUGCGGCCGAGCCUGCCCGGCCUGCCCCCCGGCACGCUGCUCACGCCCGCCGCUGGCUACACCAUGAUGCCCGCGCAGUACAUCACACAACUGCAGCAGGCACAGCCAUGUGUCUCCGUGAGCAUCAGCAAGUUGGCGCCCCUCGCGGCUGCUGCCACCGUUCCUUCCACGCAAACCCGCAUCCCCGUCAAUGGCAUCACGACGACGGACUCGGCUUCCCGGCCCCGGAAACCAUGCAACUGCACCAAGUCUCAGUGCCUCAAGCUGUACUGCGAGUGCUUUGCCAAUGGCGAAUUCUGCUACAACUGCAACUGUCGCAACUGCUCAAACAACCUGGUGCAUGAGUCGGAAAGGCAGCGAGCGAUCAAGUCGUGCUUGGACCGGAAUCCGGAAGCGUUCCGCCCCAAAAUUGGAAAGGGCAAGGAGGGCGAGGCGGAGCGGCGGCACAACAAGGGCUGCCACUGCAAGCGCUCGGGCUGCCUCAAGAACUACUGCGAGUGCUACGAGGCCAAGAUCAUGUGCUCCUCGAUGUGCAAGUGCGUCGGCUGCAAGAACUUUGAGGAGAGCCCGGAGCGCAAGACGCUCAUGCACCUGGCAGACGCGGCCGAGGUUCGCGUGCUGCAGCAGACGGCCGCCAAGACCAAGCUGUCGAGCCAGAUCUCGGACCUGCCCACACGGCCGCCAGCCAAUGGCACCGGGGAGAGGCUGCCCUUCAACUUCGUGACGCGCGAAGUGGCCGAGGCGACGUGCGACUGCCUCCUGACGGUGGUGGACGAGGUCCUGGGAGCCGGGGAGACGCGCGCCGUUGCCGAGCGCCGCGUUCUGCAGGAGUUUGGCCGUUGCCUCCAGCAGAUCAUCAACUCGGCCGGGAAAGUACGAGGCAACAGAUGAAAUUACUUCAAGCCUCCGCAAAGCGUCAUCUGUAUUGUCUUGGAAACCAAAUGAUUUCCGCCGCAGCGGUAACCAGGGUUACGCCUGAACCGCUGGGUGGAGAGAGAUGCUGGCCUUCGCUGCAAGGCUUUUAACAUUUUUAACAAUUGUUUUACGAACUGAAGUGUAGAUUAAACGGAGACUCUAUAUCAUGUAAAUGAUAUAUGUCCGUACUCGCGUAAUGCAUGAACGCUAAUUGUAAAGGCAGGCGAGGCUUUGAGUCCAGCGACUCGAUUGUCCGCUCUGCACUCCCCACGCUGUACAAUUGCCACGACGUGCCGUGUAAAUGGUGGAUUGUAGGUAUUGUUAUUUUUACCCGUAAUCUUUGCAAGCAACGUGUAAUUAUUUUGAGCGUUUUUCUGUCAUCUGUACACACUGAGAACUGUUAACAGGCCACACCCUGCUGAUGAGACUAUAGAUGAAGUCAAAACCACUCCAGGGUUUUGCCUUGUUUAAACGCACGCGGCAGAGAGGCGCUGAUCCGGGAGGGCCCCCGCAGGUAGAUGGAUCGAAUAUUCUUGUCGGGUUUUGUUCCCGACGUCCCGUUUUUAAACACCAGACGGCACCGUGUAAAGGCGAGCAUGUUUGAGAGAGAGAGACGAUAUGGUUGUGUACGUAUGUGUGUAUGCACAUGUAGAUAUAGGGGUGGGAGGAAGAGGGUUCGUUUUGUCUGUACAGGUUACCCGCGUAAACGCCAAUACUAUAUGGCGCUGUAUCUAAUGUACUAUACAUUUUCCGAAAGAUGUACUGCCUGGCACAAAAGAGAUGGACUGGUGUGGUUCAGGAUGUGGAGCUGAUUGGAUUUUCCGAUGACUGGAAUCGGCAGUGUCCAGAUGGGCCUCUGGAGGUUCAUGAAGGACGCUGCUAGGGAGUUUGAGGCAAUGGCCCUCCACCAAUAACGUAGGGCAGAGGAGUGAUGCUCACAAUGAGCAGAGCGCCAGCGGCUGAAAACGCAGAAAGUACGCACAGUGGGGAACACGUUUGGUGCAUCGACCAGUGAUCUAUCAACCCACGGCACCUGGAUCUGUUCCGUGACCUGCCAGCAGGCCUUCAGCACUUCACGUGGCCUCAGUGCACCUAGCAUGGCACAAACGCUGCAGUGAUGUCACCAUCACUUAGUGCUAAACAGUGGUUGUUGUUGCUCAUGCGCUGGUCGGCUGGGGGAGUGAAUGAGAGGUGGUGUAUCUUGGCAGCAAACGGCACACUUCUGGACGUCUCCGUGUGAAAGGCUGGAGAGAGCCAUGAGUAGUCAACAUGCGAGUGAGUGCCUCUUGUCGUGUCGAUCCGUCGCUCGAUUGAAAGUUCAGUAUUUUGGUAGGAAAAAGCAAGAGGUUUUUAUUUAACUAUUGUAUAAAACCCUCCCCUUCCCCAAUACGUUCCCCAUGGGAGAAAUGUGUUUUUGCAAAUUUUACCCACCCUAAAACCCCCCACAAAGCCUUUUAUACGAGUCCUGAAUGCACGCGUGUGGGACCGCCAAUAAACAGCACUGCAGGA